AGUUUCGUCCAAGUAGAUUCCCAAUGGGAGAAGAGCUAGAUUUACUACCACAUCCUACGUCCAAAGAGGUUCAUUCAACGUUGACUGCUCACAAGUCGACUUGAGUGUCCGCGUGGCCUACAACUGCAACCCUAUAGACCAACACCAGCAAAAAAUGCACCAACUGCAAGCUUGUUCAAACUAACAUGGCGGCCCGUACGACCACCGCUUGCUUGCUGCUAUGUUGGAUAGCUUUUUGCCGUCUUUCCCAUGGCCAAACGCAAGGGACCCAAAUUUGUGAAAGAAUCAAACCCUGUACUUGCUCACAGCAGCAAGUUAUUUGUGAUAAUAGGAAUUUUAGCCAAGUUCCAACAGGGAUUCCUUCAGACACAAYAUUAUUGGAUUUAAGUCACAAUGCAAUAGAAGAAAUAAAUACCAAAGCCUUGUCUCAUCUGAAAUCACUGAAAAUACUCAAACUUCACCAUAAUAACAUCAAAGCCAUUCCAUCCUGGGACUCUUUUCCUACUAGUUUAGUAUUACUUUCAUUACAUCACAAUAAAAUAAGAAGAGUGUCCUCUUUCAACACAACCAAACAACACUCUCUCAGGACAUUACACCUUCAUGUCAACAAGAUUUCAAGCAUAGGAUCUGAUGCCUUUACUAAUCUUACAAGAUUGGAAACACUAAGACUCAAUCGAAAUAAAUUAAAAUCCAUCCCAACCGCCGCUCUCUCUAAACUCAAGUCUCUGGUAAUACUAGAUCUACGGAAAAACUAUUUAAAAACUCUUCUACCGUCGUCAUUUUCUGGACUUAAGGAAUUAAAGACAUUGAAAUUAUCGAAAAAUCGAUUAUCUGAUAUGAAAUAUUUAGGAUUGGUGGAACUUGAUAGACUGCAGCAUCUACAUCUUGAUGGUAAUAACUUGUCAGUAUUGGAAGUCAAUCGGUUUUUGGGGUUAAGAGAUCUACAAAUCCUUUUCCUUCAAAAUAACAAAAUCUCACAAAUAAAGACUGACCCAAUGUCCGACUGGAGAAGUUUUUAUCUUUUACGAGAGAUAAAUCUGGCUGGUAACAAGUUGUCGCGUAUUGACGACCAAACGUUCAGGCACCUUUUGGGACUUAGAAAACUUAAUCUUGCUGGCAACAGCAUCUAUCACAUCACCAAGAAUGCAUUUAAGGAUCUACCGACACUAGACACUCUCAACUUGAGUAAUAACUCCAUCUCUUGGACGGCGGAGGAAAUGAGCGGACCCUUUAUCGGCCUCAAGAAACUAGAAUUCCUACGUUUGGAUAACAAUCAGAUCACGUUGAUAUCUGAAAAGGCUUUCCUUGGUUUAUCCGCCCUGCAGUACCUGAACUUGUCAGCAAAUGCUAUUGCUAUAAUUGAAGAGAAAGCCUUCAGUAGCAUUAACAACAUAGCGCAAUUAUGGUUGAAUACCUCUGAUUUGAUGUGUAACUGUAAAGUGAAGUGGUUGCCACAAUGGUUUAAAACCCAUCUCAAGUCAAUGGAUGGCAUUGAAGUUCGCUGCAGACUCCCUCAACAACUUCAGUCUAAAAGUAUCUUCAAUAUUUCCUCUUCAGCGUUUGUAUGUGAUUUCAGCAACCCAGCGCCCCAGAUCUCCCAACACCCCAAGUCAACAAAAGCUCUAAUUGGUGAAGACGUGACUAUGCAUUGUGACGUUGAAGUUUAUCAGAUGAACGAUACCAAUGUCAAGCUGUCAUGGAGACGAAAUCAACACGUGAUCAGAACCAGUAAAGUCUUGAAUCGUGCUAAGGCAACUAAAGAGAACGUUGUUAUCUAUACAUCACAGCUACGUCUUGUUAAUGUGGGUUUCCAUGACGACGGGUUUUAUCAAUGCCACGCCMKUAAUAGAUUUGGGGAAUCAUUUUCUAAUCGAGCAAGACUGGAAGUUCGUGAAUUCCCAAAGUUUCUAAGAAAACCUCGAAAUGUAACUGUACAAGCAGGAGAAACCAUCCAACUACCGUGUAAAGCAAAAGGUCACCCGAAACCAACCCUAUCAUGGCGUAAAGAUAGAGGCAAUACUAAGUUUGCCGCAGCAGAACAGCGACGCAUCGUUCAUCAAGAGGCAAAGGGAUUGUUCUCGAUCACUCAUUCGAUAACUAAAGACAGUGGUUUCUACACGUGUACAGCAACAAAUGACGCGGGCUCCAUUUCUGCUACAGCUUACGUAACAGUUUUACAAAUUCCACGAUUUAUGCAAUCGAUGACCAGUAAGACAGUUAAAGAAGGAGAAAGUGUCGUGCUUGAAUGUAUUGCCAAUGGUAACCCAGAACCAGUGAUCAGCUGGUAUAAAGAUGGACAUAGCAUUGAAUUUAAUUCAAGAGUACUGACUCACUUAGAUGGCCAAGUACUGGUCAUCCUAACAGCGCAACUGGAUGAUGAGGGAACCUACGACUGUGAGGUAACAAAUGAACAUGGCAUGGCAAGUCAGACCGCCGAAUUGACUGUAUUAUCAGGUAAUGCACAAGUCGGAGUCAAUGAGAAAGAGACAGCAUCGCUUCGUUACGACAAGAAGACAUUUUUAGCAAUCAUUGUAAUCGUGGUUGUGUCGUGCGUUGUUGGUACGUCUCUAGUCUGGUUGCUUGUUAUUUACUGUGCAAGGCGAGGAUCACAACGUACAAUCAAAGCAGAAGCCUUGAAUACKAAUACAGUUCCUCGAGACGACGUUAGUUAUAUUCCUUUAAAGUCGUACAGUUCGGGCAGUACGCAAACCAGUCGAGACUCUCCCAGAUCAACAGCAACAUUUAUGACCGGAUCACAAGGAUCCACUUUUCCUCCAAGUAACGCAAGCUCAGAACAGAAUUGUGACUGUGAAAAAGCGUUAACUGCGGAUAAUAUAAGUUCAGAGACUUCAAAAGGAAGCCAUUGUUCAUUGGCAUCGACUUGUCCAUCGGUGGAAUCAGAACCUGUAAGACAGGUUAUUCAUGUACAAAUACAUAAUUCAGACAGUGACUCAUGUCAUGGGUCGCCUUCACAUCGAAAAGAAACUGAUAGAGACACACUACAGGAUAUACAGAGCACCACAAUAGAAGCAAGUAGCUCUUCGCACGUAUAGCGAUUAGAUAAUGAUAGCUAUAUAUUGAGGUACUGAAGUAUAGGAAACUCGURGAUUACGUAUUUAUUUACUGGAGUACAAUAUUUGUUUACUAUGUUUUCUUCGAGCAAAAAAGACCAAAAUGCACGUGAGAUUUAUAAAAAUACCGCACGUACAUUUACCGAGUUAGAUCGGUGAAGAUCCACGAGUAUUGUAUACUGAAAUAACCUUAUAGACUAAACCAUAGAAUUCCUAUAGAACCAUAGCAAUUAUUUGAAGAGAUUUAUUACUAACUGUAUUAUAUGUAAAUACUAAGAACAUUUUCUCGUGAAUUCCUCUUCAAAACUCUCAAUAACUUUUUACUGUGGUAUGAACGCCUAUGUGGCGAUAACUGACUGGAGCUUUCAUGUCUCAGUAAUUACCAUCGUCUAUAAUGUUGCUAGGUGACAGGUCGAUAGCUGAGCAGAUAGAAACUGUUUCUAAGGCCAGGUUGACUUUGGAAGAGGCCUAGAUUUAUUUUUAUCAAUUCUCUGCAAGUCCAUUCCGUCCCUCCGGCUAAUAGGCAAUGUACAGCGAUGCCUUCUUUGCAACAAUGCAUGAUGGGAUCUGUAGUCCUCUUACUUUUUCAUGGCUGUUUAAUUAUCCUGAUAUUCCGUUACCGUUUUCAAAUACAACAUAAAAGAGAUUUUGAGAGACUAUGUUAACUGACGUAAAAAGUACGAGAGUACAAUUCCAUUCAUGCUGUGCUAUACAACAUUGCGUCGCUGAAAUAUCGACCUGGACUGAAGAGGGAUAGUUUCUGUGUGAUCAGCUGUACAGUUAACAUCUGUACAAUCAGUUUUCCUGUGCAAACGCGGUCUGAAUGGACUGAGACGUAGUGGGGUGAAAUUCAGACGUCAAACUUUUUACUAUUCUUCGUUUUCAGAUUACGUCACAGCGGCCAUCUUGGAGGAACUUUAACAAAGGAUUUUUCAUUAGUAUCUAUUGUUCAUUCCUCCAACAUGGCGGACGAUGUUUUAUAUUUUGAAUCUGAUGGGAAUGGGUGAAAACGAAUGGUUAGGAAGGUUUAAUGUUUGAAUGUGUCCAUAAGUCUUAUCGAUUUUUAGUAACUGAACGGCAUUCAGUGCCAUUUCUAAAUACAAMUCACGGCUAUGUUAGCCAUGACAUGAACUAUA